GUCAACAUGGCGGCCCAAGAUGAAGUUGACGUAUGUGAAAGUUGGGAGGAUAUGGACGAAAUUGGCUUAGACACGAAGAUCAAGCUGAUGUCAAGUGCGUCCCCGCCAGUGAAAACUCCGCUGAAAGGUUGCAAGGUUACGAACGUAAUUGUGGAAGACAGCGCCUGUAUUGGGUCUCAGUGCGUUAUGCCGGAGCCAGCUAUUCGCAUUCUGAAGCGACCGUCGACGCUCGCGAGCGGGCAGCUGAACGGCGAACGGAACGCGCGCCCUGUAAAAACCCUCCAACAAAGACAGAAGGAAUACGAAGAAGCGAGAUUACGGAUACUGGGCGAAGCGCGGAGCCCCGAAGACGUCAUCGACGACAAUUUGAGCUGCUUGCAAGAUAAAUUACAAGCGAAUAGCAUUAGCGACAGUCAGAAUGGGAACAAAGUGAAGAAUUGUCACAAUGAUAAUGCCAAAGGGAAGGAGCGUAAGGUGCUAGUGAGGUUACCACCCGGAGCUACUGCGUCAGGGGUGUUCCCGUCCCCGCCACCUCCGGGAGUGCUUGUUAUACGGACACCUCGGGGCCCUGACGGUACCAAAGGCUUCCAGCAAAGGUAGCACCAGCCCAUGACAGUCGUACACUAAUUUGAAAUUAAUUCCAUCCACAAACUACCCAAGAAAGACAAUGUUGAAAUUGGCUCUGAUUACAGUAUGAUCUUCUUCACAAUUCCUAAAUU